AUGAUUGUCAGACCUUCUUUAAGGAAUCUCACCUGGAUAAACGGCAGCAAUGAAGAAAUCAUUUACCGAGACGAGAUCGGCGAGUAUGCGGUAAUGAAUGUAAAAGACGGCAGCACCUAUCCAGGCAUCGAUCCUCGCAUGUCCAGAACAUAUUUUCUGCUCUACCUUUCCCGGCUAAAGAUCCCAAUACCCUAUCAACAUAUUUCCACUCUAUACAAUUGUCGACAUGACAAACACUCGAGUGAUAAUCAAUGUAUCUUUAGAGUUCUUCUACUCAGUUUUUUGAAUAUGGCAUUGUCAAGAGCGAUAACUAUCAUCAGUGAUAUUCGCAGCUUCAAUGGAAGCUUUCAGUGGAUACCAUAUGCGAGUACACGAUGUAAUCCCCUACUUAAAAACGAUCUUUAUGUCAUACACAUAGUUGGCUUGCGGAUAAUCAGUUACGACGAGGUACUCGUGUACUUCAUUGCCGCUCCCCUCCACUCUGGAUCAGAAAGAUUUUUAUAUCAACUUAAAGUUACCUACCCACCAUUAGAGUAUCAAAAUCAUGAGUUGCCACAGUGUAUGACAUGCCCGGAAAACUUUAAAAGAAGUCCAACAUUAAUCACAGAACAUGCUUUUGAGACGAACACACGGGGACAUCGAACUCAAUGCACUUUUUCAAAUAUUCUGAUGUCCCGUAAUUGCCAAUAUUACAUUCUUAAGUGCAAAUUACGAUUAUUAUUAAGAAUUGCCAAUCAUCAGAAUAACCAAUUGGUUACCGAUGAGUACGAACUCUCUUUAGCCACACACCUAGCCAGCCUGGGCAACUAUGCAGUACUUUAUACUAUGACCGUUGUAAAGCACGUUACCAAAUACUUUCAUCGCCUCGAUCUAUAUGCAGGAAACGGUGUCUUUGGCGGUCACAUGGUCCUUAACCUUAUAGCUGGUCCCAAGAUGAAGAAGUUCCUUAAUAAGGAAGACCAUAACUUAUUUCAGUGUUGCGCUGCCAUAAGACCUUUUACUCAUUGGCAAAAUUAUAUACAUCCAUUUACCAUGAAGCCAACGGAAGGAAUUAUUGGUGUAUUACGACGGAAAAAUUACAAGGUCCAAUAUCUCUUACCUUUGGCACGUCAUCUACGAGGCACUAGUUUUACGCUCUUACGUAAAAGUCCCGAACAAGAAAAAUAUCAAGAGUACUUCAAUGAUCUUGUUGAGAUGUUGUCACGCGAGGGUGUUAGUUUUAACUACCAUAUAUACGGGAAAAACUGCAGUUCAAGGUUCAAACUGUAUGAAGAUUUACGCAAAUUCUUCAAAAAAUGCUUUAAUUCACCCAGUAAUUGCCAUCUUUAA